AUGUCUAUGAUGUUGUACCAGCUCGGGCAAAGGUGUGUGAUGGAGGUGGUGGUGCUGACCAUACUGUCCUGGGUGUCCGUGUGGGCAGAAGAGAAGAUCAUAUUUGACAGACAUGCUGUCUACUGGAACAGCUCCAACCCCAAGUUCUGGCACGGAGAGUACAGGGUGGCAGUGAACAUCAAUGACUAUCUGGACAUCUACUGUCCCUACUAUGAGGGCCCUCCGUCCCAUGGGCGCAUGGAGCGCUACAUCCUCUUCAUGGUCAACCAGGAGGGCUACACUUCCUGCCAGCACCGGAUGCGUGGCUUCAAGCGCUGGGAGUGCAACCGUCCCAGCGGUCCUGAUGGACCCCUGCGCUUCUCAGAGAAGUUCCAGCUCUUCACCCCCUUCUCCCUGGGCUUUGAGUUCAGGCCUGGACACGAGUACUACUACAUCUCGUCUCCUCAUCCAAACCAUGUGGGGCGGGCAUGUCUAAAGCUGAAGGUGUAUGUCAGACCUCCAGAUGGGUCGGGAUAUGAUUCUCCAGAGCCCUUCCUGACUGAUGGAGGUCCAAGCUGGAGGCCAGGGUCCAUGGCCCUGUUAUCUGUUCUGGCCUCACUGCUCCUGGGACUCUUCUCCUGGCUGUGA